AUGGUGAGUGGAAAUAAAAGUCCCAACGAUCCAACGAAGAUCGCGCCGAAGGAUCGCGAGAAGAAAACCAAUAAUUACAUGAGAGCGAACAUUUUCUCGAAGACAUGGUUCAUGUGGAUGAUGCCGACCUUCUGGCGAGGGUACAAACGCGAUCUUUACGACGCCGACCUGACGAAACCGAAAGAAAACCACAAUUCUGACAAACUCGGCGAUCGCUUAGAAAAGAAAUGGCUCGAAGAGAUCGCUCUAGCCAACAAACAGGGACGCAAGCCAUCCUUGCUCCGCGCCAUGACGAAGACGUUUUGGAUGAGCUACGCACCUUCCGGCUUCAUGUUCCUCGUACAGGCUCUCAUCCUCAAACCAUUCCAACCCGUGGCGUUGAGCAUGAUGUUGGCCUACUGGGAGCCAGGUUCCACCAUGACCUACGAGCAGGCGAUCUACUGCGCAUCAGCGGUGAUCAUCAUGUCACUACUUAUCGCAUUCCUGAACCAUCACGGCACCUACUCCACUCAACAGUUCGGAAUGAAAGUUCGCAUUGCUGCUUGCUCCCUUAUCUAUAGAAAGGUAAUGCGAAUGAGCUCUGGUGCGCUGGCGCAGACCACCGCCGGUCAAGUGGUGAAUCUCCUCUCGAACGACGUUAACCGGUUCGACUAUGCCUUCAUCUACACACACUUCAUCUGGCUCCUGCCCCUCCAAGUUAUUCUCGUCUGCUACCUCAUCUACCUCAAAAUCGGUUACGCGGCCAUCGUUGGAGUCAUUGGCAUUGUGCUACAAACAAUACCCGUACAAUCAUACAUGAGCAAAUUGGCUGCCCGUCUAAGAAUGAAGACUGCCUGCAAAACAGACGAACGAGUCAGGAUUAUGGACGAAAUUAUAAACGGAAUGCAGGUCAUCAAAAUGUACGCAUGGGAGAAACCGUUUGAACAGGUGGUGGCCUUGGCUCGAAAGAACGAAAUCAACUGUAUCACAUCUGCGUCAUAUUUGCGAGGAGUGUAUCUUAGCUUCAUGGUCUUCACCGAGAGACUCACCCUCUACAUAACUCUACUUUCGUACUCCCUUUUCGGCUUCCAAGUUACAGCUGACAUUGUGUUCCCUCUGGCCCAAUUCUACAAUACACUACAAGGCACUCUGUCGAUUAUAAUGUCGAAUGCCGUAUCGUUCUUAGCUGAGGCGCUGAUAUCCGUACAACGUCUUGAGGCGUUCAUGCUCUUGGUAGCUAUCAUGUUGCCACAAAGCCUUUCCAUGUUACUGGAGUCCUAUACUUCCAUUCGUCGAAUACAAGACCUAUUGUUAUUGGAUGAGAGAGAAGAUUUACGCAGUGUAGCGGAUGUCGACAUCGCAAAAUUGGUGCAGAAGGUGGAAAAUAAGAAACUGAAAAGCUUGAGCGAACAAGAUCUCUGCCCAAACACAUUCAAAAAAAUUGACGAAGAAGGCAUUUACAACCCAAGUUUCGACUGCAACGAAAAGGGACUGAUGCCCCAGUCCCAGGGCACAAUGACUGUCAGCUCCGACGUAGGUGUUCUCAUCCAGGACGUAUCAGCUAAUUGGAUUGAAGGCGGUUCUGUGACACUUCGUAACAUUAACAUCAGUAUUCCUAAAGGAAAACUGUGUGCAAUCAUUGGCGCCGUCGGAUCUGGAAAAAGUUCCAUUUUACAACUUCUUCUGAAUGAGCUUCGUGCUACAAAAGGUCGUCUGUAUCUGUCUGGACCCCUUUCCUACGCUUGUCAAGAACCUUGGUUAUUCGUCGCGACUGUGCGACAGAACAUCUUAUUUGGACUUCCGUACAACGCUAAAAAAUACAAAGAGGUUGUAAGGGUGUGCGCCCUGCAGAAAGAUUUUCAACAAUUCCCUCAUGGUGACCAGACCCUGGUUGGCGAAAGGGGUGCUUCUCUAUCUGGGGGUCAAAGGGCUCGAAUUAAUUUAGCGAGAGCUGUGUACAGACAAGCAGACAUCUAUCUAUUAGACGACCCGCUUUCGGCCGUGGACGCACACGUCGGGCGUCAGUUGUUCGACGAAUGCAUUAGUGGGUACCUACGUCACACAACCAGAAUUCUCGUCACCCACCAGCUGCAUUAUCUUAAAGCGGCCGACUACAUCAUUAUCAUGAAUAACGGUGCUGUAGAUGCGAAGGGAACGUAUAAUGAACUCACGCACUCGGGCAAGGAUUUUGCGAAACUACUAUCGGCGGUUCAAGAAGAAGACAAACCAGAGGUGGAAAAACCAGCUCCGAUGUCUAGAAGAACAUCUGCUAGGUUGUCCACAACACGCCGACCGUCUUUGGCUGAAUCUACCACUGAAGGGCCAGCGCAAGAAAUGGAAGAAGAAGAAAGAGAAUCUGGUUCUAUGGGUUGGCACGUGUACGGAGCGUAUUUGCGAGCCGGGGGGAAAACUGGGCGGCUUCUUUUCAUGGUCUUCCUUCUUGUCAUCGGCCAGCUAUCAGCUACGCUAUGUGACUACUGGGUGACAAUUUGGACAAACGAAGUAACGCGCCUGAAAGAAAGAGAGUCAAACGGCACGAACAAGGAGUACGCAAGCACGGUUACGACCCCAGAAAACAGCACAUUCAGCUUUACAAGUUACUUUAAUGGAAUUGAAGCUGAACCAAAUCUAAACAUCCACGCGUACAUCGGGCCUUUAGACACCGCUCAGUACCUGUAUGUGUACACGGCACUUAUUAUCUGCUGCAUAUUCUUCAUAACCGCGCGGGCUUUUAUGUUUUUCAAAGUCUGCAUGACGGCGUCUCGCAACCUUCACAACAACAUGUUCCAUUCAAUGCUCCGCGGCGUUAUGCGUUUCUUCGAUACGAACUCUUCAGGUCGAAUCCUCAACCGUUUCUCAAAAGACAUCGGUGCCCUGGACGAACUGUUACCACGUUUCUUGUUGGAAUGCAUACAAAUUUACCUGGUCAUGUUUAGUAUCCUGGCCCUCAACGCUGCUGCUCUAGUGUGGACAUUGCUCCCGACUACCAUCAUCCUUCUUCUAUUCUACACUAUUCUUCAAAUUUACUUGAAAUCAGCUCAAUCUAUUAAGCGGUUAGAGGGAACAACUCGAAGUCCUGUAUUCUCCCACAUGGCAGCAACGCUGAAUGGUAUAAGCACUAUCAGAUCUUCGGGUGCUCAGCAAAGACUGAUUCAGGAAUUCGACCGGUUCCAAGAUAUCCACACUUCGACCUGGAGCAGUUACUUAGCAAGUGGAGUAACUCUUGGUUUCUGGUUGGAUAUCAUUUGCGUUCUCUACUUGGCUAUUGUGAUUAUCGCCUUCCUCGUUAUCGACAGCAAAACCAUAUUCUCCGGAAACGUAGGUUUGGCAAUAUCGCAAACCCUCAUUUUGACUGGGAUGCUCCAAUUCGGGGUCCGACAGACCGCAGAAGUUAUAUCGCAAAUGACAAGUGUUGAGCGCAUAUUGCAAUACACGCACAUUGAACGGGAAGCACAAUGGGACAAAGGAGUCCAAGAAACGCCAAAAGACUGGCCCUCCAAAGGCCGCAUAACAUUCAGGAACUGUUUUAUGAAAUACAGCCCAGAGGACUUGCCCAUAUUGAAAAAUUUGAAUUUGGUUCUAGAAAGCGGUUGGAAGGUCGGUAUUGUGGGAAGAACCGGUGCCGGGAAAUCGUCACUCAUUUCUUCUUUAUUCCGGCUAGCAAUUGUGGAGGGUGAAAUUCUUAUCGACGAUGUGGAUACAGGAAAUCUAGCACUUCAGGAAUUGCGAUCUAAAAUAUCCAUUAUACCUCAAGAACCAGUUCUGUUUUCGGCAACGAUCCGGUACAACCUGGAUCCAUUUGAUAGUUACGAAGACGAUCAUUUGUGGCGAGCCUUAGAAGCUGUGGAUUUAAAAGCAGCCAUACCUUCGCUGGACUUCAAAGUAUCUGAAGGAGGAUCCAACUUCUCUCUAGGACAAAGGCAGCUAGUGUGUCUCGCUCGAGCUAUCUUGCGAGGGAACAGGAUUCUUGUAUUGGAUGAAGCUACAGCUAAUGUAGACCCGAAAACGGAUGAGUUCAUCCAGAAGACUAUAAGGAAACGGUUCGCCGACUGUACAGUGUUGACAGUAGCCCAUCGACUGAACACCAUUAUGGACUCCGAUCGUGUCAUGGUGAUGGACGCGGGGCGACUCGUGGAAUUCGACCACCCUUACAAACUAUUGAGCAACCCAGAAUCACACUUUACAAAAAUGGUGAAUGAAACAAGUGACAAAAUGUCGUCACAGCUGUAUGAAAUCGCUAAAAAAACCUUCCUGGACAGCGGUGGGAUAAUAGAAUAG